AGACGCACUGCACGCGCACAAAUUUGAGUUUUUGCAAAAGGAUUACUUCCAAAAUAAUUUAACAAAAUGUUCAAGCUGUUCACUGUUUGUUUUGUAGCUCUCUUCGCUGUUGCCUUCGGCGCUGCUAAGCCAGCACUCCUGGCCGCACCUGCCGCCCUUGCGUACAGUGCUCCACUCGCAGCUGCACCCGUCGCUGCUGCAUACGCGGCUCCAGUGGCCGCCGCCUACACUGCCGGAUAUGCUCCGUACAUCGCUCCUUAUGCCAGCAGCUACACAGCUCAUGGCGUCGCUCACUCUGCUGCCUUCCCAGCUGCCUACGCUGCUGCUCCAUAUGUGGCUUCAUAUGCUGCUCCAGCUGUAGUUCCAGCAGCCCGUUUCGUCGCACCAGCCGCACCUGUAGUCGCUGCUGCUCCUGCUCCCGUCGUAGCUGCUGCCCCAGCUGUCGUCCCAGUAGUGAAAAAGUAAUUUAAUGACUUGGCAUUGACAUUGGAUUGUUGAAUUGCUAAUAAAAAAAGU